AUGGCAUUGGGACUCCUCUGUGGUAUGUCAAGUGCAUCCGGCUGGCACGAGGUUGCUAGGCACUCUCGUGGCUGCAAAUCUACUGACAUCCUCUGGCAAUUCCAAGUCCUGCCUACACUGACCGUGAUUGUCACAAGUGUCAACACAAAGUUGAGCACGGUUACCAUGUGUUGGCCUGCAAUGGCUGCCCUCAUACACUAUGUAAUUAUCAGAUACCAAAGGCAACCUGCCCAAAUUGUGGAACUCCUCCUCUAUCUGAUUAAACCAAUUGCACCUGGUAAAACUUACAUGGCUACCCGCCCAUCCAGGUAA